AUGGAAAGUGACCUAGUGGUCCCAGAGGGCAGCGUGGAUGCAGCCAGAGUAGAGGGAGCAAAGGCCUUGUCACCCCCACUCCAGACCUCGCCUCAGGUAAUUGCCACAGCUCACUCAGCUGCCAGGCAGGGCCAGUCCACCCAGAGCCAGACAAGGACUCUGGGCCGCUCAGGAUCCAGGCUUCCUCACCAGGAGGAGCGCCUUGUUCCUCUCUCGCAGCUGACUCCGUACAUCUCCUGUUUUAUUUGCAAAGGCUACUUAAUAGAUGCAGCAACCAUUACAGAAUGUCUUCAUUCUUUCUGUAAAAGCUGCAUCAUAAAACAUUUUGAACAUAGCAACAGAUGUCCAAAAUGCAACAUUGUGGUGCACGAGGCCAAACCUCAUAACAAACUGAGGUUGGAUCCUCACUUGCAAAACAUAGUGUACAAAUUGGUGGCAGGCCUAGAGGAAAAAGAAAAAAAGCAAAGACAAGAAUUCUCCAAAGAAAAUUGUCCAGAAACACCAAAACCUGCUGAUGUUCCACAGCCAGGCACUUCAGGCGAAGGAAACACUAAGAAAGCUGUGCAACUUGGUAUGUCUUUAGUACUGGAGUCUAUGGCCACUAAUGCAGACAUUGAACAUUUUAAGCCACUGAAAAGGAAGUUUGUGCGAGUCUCAGGAAAUGCAACCAUUGGACAUCUAGAAAAGUUUCUCAAAAGAAAACUGGAGCUUGCUGCAGCUUAUCGGGUAGACAUCAUGUGUGGUAGUCAGUUGCUGGAGAACUUUCAAACACUACAGGAAGUGCAGUGUGCAGUCGGGGAGGCCGGGCUGCAGGAUGGGCUGCUGGCCCUUUAUUACAGUAUCGUGCUUCCUCCUCUGAACGUGACUUGCUAAGGGUAGCAUGAAGGGACAGAAAGUAAGAAGGCCUCUGCAAAAGUGCAGCUUUUUCUCCAAAACAUGGAAUCAUUAGAAUUGGUACUAUUUCUGACAUACCUGUAUCCCACAUAGGGAAAAAUGGUAUACAAAACAUUGACUUUUUAAAUUCCUUGGGAUUCCAAGAACUGUGAAGUUAAUGAAUGUUGCAUCUCAUCUCUGAGAUAAGUUGUUGACAGUUUUCUCUUUGGUUGAGCCUGUUCUCUUUCAAGUUGGUUGAGAUUCUGCUGUCUGUGAUGGCUUCCAGUGGUCAUCCUUUUGGAAAGCAACAUACCAGAGGUUCAAGACCAGUCUUCGUUAAAUUGCAGAGUAAACUCAAAAAACUACUUUUUUUUUUGAUUCUACUUUUGUAUGUUUUCAAAUUUUGAAGUUACUGUUUUGUAACUGACAUCACUCCUGAAGAGAUGUUAUUCAGUUC